UUGGAGAGGGCGUGAGGGCUGCACCCGCGGGGGCGGGGGCUACCUGACCUGUGCUCUUUGCCCAGCUUCUGGGGACAGCCAGAGGAAAGCGUGGGUGGGCGAGCGGGUGGCUUCCGGCCCUCAGGUCUGCCUCCCUGAACCGGUGUCACCCUAAGUACUGGGAAUUUCACUGGAGUCCUCACACAUGCUAAAAAAGUGGAUGAGUCCUGUUUUCAAGAGAAGAUGACUUUUAACAGUUUUGAAGGAACUAAGACUUGUGUACCUGCAGACAUCAAUAAGGAUGAAGACUUUGUAGAGGAGUUUAAUAGAUUAAAAACUUUUGCUAAUUUUCCAAGUACUAGUCCUGUUUCGGCAUCAACAUUGGCACGAGCGGGUUUUCUUUAUACUGGUGAAGGAGAUACUGUACAGUGCUUUAGUUGUCAUGCAGCAGUAGAUAGAUGGCAAUAUGGAGACUCAGCAGUUGGGAGACACAGAAAAGUAUCUCCAAAUUGCAGAUUUAUCAAUGGAUUUUAUUUUGAAAAUAGUGCCGCACAGCCUAUAAAUCCUGGUGUCCAGAACGGUCAGUACAAUGCUGAUAACUAUCUGGGAAGCAGAAAUCAUUUUGUUUUAGACAGACCACCUGAGACUCAUGCAGACUAUCUUUUGAGAACUGGACAGGUUGUAGAUAUGUCAGAUACUGUAUACCCAAGGAAUCCUGCCAUGUGUAGUGAAGAAGCUAGACUAAAGUCAUUUCACAACUGGCCAGACUAUGCCCACCUAACUCCCAGAGAGUUAGCUAGUGCUGGACUUUACUACACAGGUACUGAUGAUCAAGUGCAGUGCUUUUGUUGUGGUGGAAAACUGAAAAAUUGGGAACCUUGUGAUCGUGCCUGGUCAGAACACAGGCGACAUUUUCCGAAAUGCUUCUUUGUUUUGGGCCAGAAAAUUAAUGUUCGAGGUGAACCUGAUGUUGUAAGUUCUGAUAGGAAUUUCCCAAAUUCAACAAUUCCUCCAAGAAAUCCAGCCAUGGCAGAGUAUGAAGCCCGGAUCAUUACUUUUGGGACGUGGACAUACUCAAUUAACAAGGAGCAGCUUGCAAGAGCUGGAUUUUAUGCUUUAGGUGAAGGUGAUAAAGUAGAGUGCUUUCACUGUGGAGGAGGACUAACUGAUUGGAAGCCCAGUGAAGACCCUUGGGAACAACAUGCUAAGUGGUAUCCAGGGUGUAAAUAUCUGUUGGAAGAGAAGGGACAAGAAUAUAUAAACAGUAUUCAUUUAACCCAUUCACAUGAGGUGUCGCUGGUAAGAACUACUGAAAAAACACCAUCACUGUCUAAAAGAAUUGAUGAUACAGUCUUUCAGAAUCCCAUGGUACAAGAAGCUAUACGAAUGGGAUUCAGUUUCAGGGAUAUUAAGAAAAUAAUGGAGGAAAAAACUCAGACAUCUGGGAGCAACUAUGUAUCACUUGAGGUUCUAGUCGCAGAUCUAGUGAGUGCUCAGAAAGAUAAUACACAAGAUGAAUCAAGUCAGACUUCAUUGCAGAAAGAGAUUAGUACUGAGGAACAGCUAAGGCGCCUACAAGAGGAGAAGCUUUGCAAAAUCUGUAUGGAUAGAAAUAUUGCUAUUGUUUUUAUUCCUUGUGGACAUCUGGUCACUUGUAAAGAGUGUGCUGAAGCAGUUGACAAAUGUCCCAUGUGCUACACAGUCAUUACUUUUAAGCAAAAAAUUUUUAUGUCUUAAUCUCACUCCAUAGUAAGCAUGUUAUGUUCUCCUUAUUAUCCUGAUUAAAUGUGUGAUAUAAAGGAACUUUAAGUAAUCAGCAUUGAAUUCCAUUAGCAUUUGCUACCAAGUAGAAAAAAAUGUCAAUAAUAGUGUUUUAGUUGGCAAGCUAAGCCUGGAAUUUCUGGCUUUUUCAAGUUCUUAACUCCUAUCAUUUAUCCAAUUUUUUCAUUGUUAUUCAGUUGAAACUAGACUAAAAAGGAUCAUAACUGCUCAUACUGUGUAUUUGUAGUACGCUGACUUAGUUUCUUUACUGUAAGUGAAUUAAUCAUCUGAAUGUUUUAUUCUUUUCCAAUAGGCUUAACAAAUGGAGCAUUCUGUAUAAAUGUGGAGAUUAUACUUAAAUCUCUACAGUCACAUAAUUUGUUUGUGUGAAAAAGGAAUGAACUGUUCCACACUGGUGGAAAGAUAGGGAUAUUUUUAGAUAUUUGUCUUUGUGUCUUAGGAUUCUGUCCAUUUUCUUUUAAAAUUACAAGCAUACAUGUGUGAAUGAUUUUAAAAAGUGAUUUUGCCAUUUCCAAAAUGGUAUUAAUGAUAGAAUAUCUAGCCAACGUUCUGACAUUGAUGUGAAAGAUAAAUUAAAUGUAAAAUGCAAGUGGCAAAACACUGUGUAUAAUACAAGGCAAAGUCAAGGUGUGUGUAUUUUGUAUCUAUAAUAGUGUCAAAGAUUUGGAAAGAUAUAUGCACACCAAAUUGUUAAAUGUGGUUUUACUUGAGGGGUUGGGGUUUGGUCCCAGAAGGAUUUUAAGGGGCCCUCCACUUGUCUUUUUUUUUUUCUUCUGUUUGAAAUUUUUAUACGUAUGUAUUACUUGUGUAAUCAGAAUUUUUUUAGAAAGUAUUUUACUGAUUUAAAGGCUUAGGCAUGUUCAAACGCCUGCAAAACUACUUAUUGCUCAGCUUAGUUUUUCUAAUCCAAGAAGGCAGGGCAAUUAACCUUUUUGGUGCCAAUAUAAAAUUUAAAUGUUCGUAUGUUUUGCCUGCUUUGUGGAUGAAAAAUAUUUCUGAGUGGUAGUUUUCUGAUAGGUAGACCAUGUCUUAUCUUGUUUCAAAAUAAAUAUUUCUGAUUUUGUAAAAUGAAAUAUAAAAUAUGUCUCAGAUCUUCCAAUUAAUUAGUAAGGAUUCAUCCUUAAUCCUUGCUAGUUUAAGCCUGCCUAAGUCACUUUACUAAAAGAUCUUUAUUAACCCAGUGUUUUAAACAUCUUUCAGCUUAUGUAGGUAAAAGUAGAAGCAUGUUUGUACCCUACUUGUAGUUAUAGUGAUGGCUUUCCAUGUUGAGACUCUCAUGGCAUCUUGUAUCUUAAAGUUCAUGUGAGUUUUUACUGUUAGGGCGAUUAACAUGUAUAUUGGACAAAUGUUAAGUCUUUCCUCUACAUACAUUUUUUGUUGUUGUUUUCUUAACUAGUAAUAGUAGUAGGUAUUUUUUUAAAUGUUCUCUCAAGAGCCUUAAAAACCUCUUGGAAAUGAUAAAAUAGUAACAGAAGAGUAGUUGUUUUAAAUAUUUUUAAGAACUUGAAUAUGCAUCAAUAUGAAAGUUUAACAGUGCUUCAUAGAAUAUCUGAAAUUUACAUUCUCAUGAUAGACCUAUGUAACAGCAAAUAGGGCAUUUUACUGCUGAGAUCUGUUUGGGAGUGAAACUGUUAAAAAUUAUAUUUUUGUUAUAUUUUCUAAGAGAAAGAGUAUUGUUAUGUUCUCCUAACCUCUGUUAACUGCUGUUAAGUGAUACUUGUAUAAAACAUUGCAAAUGUAAAUGAGAUUUGCAAAAAUUAAAUAAUGAUUGCCCUAUUUUUAUUUUAUUAUGUAAAUCUUGAGUUCUCCUUUGCUCUAUCUUCCACUUAGGUUUGCUUAUAUUCAUUAAGUUGAAUGUGAUCUGUGUGGGCAAAGCUUUAAAUUUACAUUUAAAGCAUUCUAUAAAGGGAGAAGAGUGUUACAUUUUUUAAAAUAUUUUCUCCAGGACACUUCAUGUCCAUCUUCAGGUAGGUAGUAGAAUCUAGUUGUUAGCCAAGGAUGAAACUGAAUCGUUUCAGCAUAAAGCUUUUAAUGUUCUGGAAACUUCAGUUCAUUAAGACUCUUCUUUUAAAACUUGUGUUUAGAGUUAAACAAGACCUUUUUUCUCUCUCCAUGAGUUGUGAAAUUUAAUGCAUGAAGCUGAUGUGGCUAACAAGUUUAUUUUAAGAAUUGUUUCAAAAUGCUGUUGCUUCAGCACUCCAACUUCUAAUCAAAAUUUUUGGAGACUUAGCAGAGUUUGCCUGUAUUCACACUACAAAAAAGCACUGGAUCCUUUCUAAUUGUACAAAAAUUGAUGACUUGCAAGGUCAAAAAUAUAACCAGAUCCAAAUCACCACACUCUGCCCGCAAUAGUUCUCAGUAGCUUACAUGUGUACAUUUCUUUUCUGUAUAAAGUUCACUUUAGGACUUUGAAUUCAGCACCUAUUUUAUUACAUUUUAGUCACGUGAAGAUUGAAGUUAUUUUGUAGUAGUUAUUUUAUAUUGCAAUAAUUUAGUGUUCUGAUCAAAAACCUUGUCUUCACUUUUGAGAAAUGAUUUUAGCAUUUAUAAAGUAAAUUCCAGUUAUUAUUGCCUUUCCUGAUAGAUUUGGUUUUUCCCCCUGCCUUUGGUUAAUGGUUGAGGUGGGGUGGGAUGAGUGUAGCAGGUGUGUAUAACAUUUUCGCCAUGUGUAUUAUGAUAUUUUGUUUUUUGUUAUAUUAUUUAAAUUUGGAUAGUUUUUCUGUUUUCAUCUUAGUGGAUAAAAAUUUUUUAUUUGGAGCUCUGAAUGAAGGCUACCUUCCUAAUGUUAGUUGUAUGAAUUGUUUCCUUUAGACCCAAAUCAUUGUUUUGUUACUGAUAACCCAAAUGUUGAUUGAGGAGAGGUGGAAGGAAUGGAAGAAUGAGAAUAUUGUAUGUCAUUGCCACUAGAGAACUCAGAAAAUGGGAAGGAAUAUUUGACAUAGUUCUUUUUAGUCAAAUCUACUGUUUAAAAGAAGCUAACCUCUGUCAUGCUGGCUCACGCCAGUAAUCCCAGCAUUUGCCUUUAAUCCCAGCACUCGGGAGGUUGAGGCAAGAGGAUUGCUAUGAGUU